GUGGAGGUGGGAGUCCUGUGCUUCAGAGAGUGUGCGUGGACAGCGUGGGCUUCUCUCUUCUCCAGAGCGCACACACGGAGCAUCAUCACUCGGCUCACAGCAACAGCAUUCUCCUCCUCCUCCUCCAUCCGCCAUCCUCUUCCUCACUAUCUCCGGGCUGAAGAGAGGGGCGCUUGCAGGAUUUACGGAGUAUAUCAAGUGAGCUGGGAGUCGCAAGACCUUUCUCCUCCAUUGCUUCUUCUAAAUUGUCUUUAAAAUGGAGGACGGCUAUCAAAACCGGACUGCUUUCAUAAAAGGUGCCAAAGACAUUGCGAAAGAAGUCAAGCGGCAAGCCUCAAAGAAAGUUGGCCGCUCGGUGGAUCGGAUGAGCGACGAGUACAGCAAGAGGUCCUACAGCCGCUUUGAAGAGGACGAUGAUGAUGACUACCCUAUGCAGGGGAGCCAAGAUGGGGGCUACUACCGCAGCGACAGCCAGGCCGCCAACGACGACGAGGGUGGGCACAGUGACUCCACCGAGGGCCACGACGAGGACGACGAGAUCUACGAGGGGGAGUACCAAGGAAUCCCCAGGGCUGAUUCUGGGAAAGGCGACCUGGCCGGAGGUCCUGGAUCAAUAACAGCCGGGGCUCAGCAGUUCAAAGAUGUUGGGGCGUCCGAGGCGGCAAGGCGGAAGGACCAGGAGGAGCUGGCUCAGCAGUACGAGACCAUUUUACAGGAAUGUGGCCACGGGAAGUUCCAGUGGUCCCUGUACUUCGUGCUGGGGCUGGCACUGAUGGCCGAUGGCGUGGAAAUCUUCGUGGUGGGGUUUGUCCUCCCCAGUGCAGAGAAGGAUAUGUGUCUGUCUGAACCCAGCAAAAGCAUGCUUGGCCUCAUCGUAUACUUUGGGAUGAUGGUGGGGGCUUUCCUCUGGGGGGCUAUGGCAGACCGGAUAGGCCGUCGGCAGUCCCUCAUCAUCUCUCUGUCCAUCAACAGUAUCUUCUCCUUCUUCUCGUCCUUCGUUCAGGGUUACAGCACUUUUCUGUUUUGCCGCCUCCUCUCAGGUGUUGGAAUUGGUGGCUCAAUUCCCAUCGUGUUCUCCUACUACUCUGAAUUUCUGUCCCAAGAGAAGCGCGGCGAGCACCUCAGCUGGCUCUGCAUGUUCUGGAUGAUUGGAGGAAUUUAUGCGUCCGCCAUGGCCUGGGCCAUCAUCCCACACUAUGGGUGGAGUUUCCAGAUGGGCUCAGCGUAUCAGUUCCACAGCUGGCGAGUGUUUGUGUUGGUCUGUGCGUUUCCUUCUGUUGCAGCCAUCGCUGCACUCAACGCCAUGCCUGAGAGCCCACGCUUCUACUUAGAGAAUGGGAAGCAUGAUGAAGGCUGGAUGAUUCUGAAGCAAGUUCAUGACACAAACAUGAGAGCUAAAGGACACCCAGAGAGGGUGUUCACUGUCACCACAAUAAAGACUGUGAAGCAGGUUGAUGAGUUGGUGGACAUUGGAACCGACACCCCCGUCUGGCAGCGCUACAGACUGAAGAUUAUGAGUCUCUCCCAACAGAUACGGAACAACAUUCUUGCCUGCUUUAGCCCUGAAUACAAAAGGACCACCUUUAUGCUCAUGGCUGUUUGGUUCAGCAUGUCCUUCAGCUACUAUGGGCUGACGGUGUGGUUCCCUGACAUGAUCAAGUACAUCCAGAAGCAGGAAUAUGAAUCACGGACAAAGACCUUCACCAAGGAGCGAGUGGAGCACGUCACUUUUAACUUCACCCUAGAAAACCAAGUCCAUCUCGAUGGAUACUAUUUUAAUGACAAGUUCCUCAGCCUGAAGAUGAAGUCCAUGGUGUUUGAAGACUCAGUGUUUGAAGAGUGCUACUUUGAGGACGUCACCUCCACACACACAUUCUUCAGGAACUGCACCUUCAUCGCCAGCUUGUUUUACAACACAGAUUUGUUCAAGUACAGGCUUAUCAACAGCAAGCUGAUCAACAGCACGUUCCUCCACAACAAAGAGGGCUGCAUGCUGGACUUCAGCGAUGACUUCAACAACGCCUACAUGAUAUACUUUGUCAACUUCCUUGGCACACUAGCUGUGCUCCCCGGGAACAUUGUGUCUGCACUUUUGAUGGACAAAAUCGGCCGCUUGAGGAUGCUGGCGGGAUCUAGCAUCAUCUCCUGUGUCAGCUGCUUCUUCUUGAUGUUCGGCAACAGCGAGUCGGGGAUGAUCGCCCUCUUAUGUCUGUUUGGUGGCAUCAGCAUCGCCUCGUGGAACGCCCUGGAUGUGAUAACGGUGGAGCUGUACCCGUCAGAUAAAAGGACCACAGCGUUCGGUUUCCUGAACGCCCUCUGCAAACUGGCAGCUGUUCUGGGCAUCAGCAUCUUCCAGUCGUUUGUGGGCAUCACUAAGGCCGUACCCAUCUUAUUCGCCGGCGGUGCACUCGCCGCCGGCAGUUUCCUCGCGACAAAGCUGCCUGAGACGAGAGGCCAGGUGUUGCAGUAAGGCAGACGACCAGCAGAGUUCAGCCAGAGGGAGAGUGAUAGGCCUGAACAUCCCAGAGAGCUUCAGCGCUGCCCGUUCGUUUCACAGCAACAGUAGAGACUGCCUGUCCCCCUAUUGUAAGCCCAGAAUCCUUUGAAAUGUGGAUUGUAUCGUUCAAUGUCAGGAAUUAAAGAAGAGCAAACUUUUUUUUUUUUUUAGAAAACCCGCACAAAAUCUCAAUACCUGUGGCUUAUGUUCAGCUGCUCUGGCAGGUAUUACAAAAGUCUAAUCCUACAAAGGUGGUUAAUUAUGUAUUUGUACAAAGACACAGUCACAGUGGAAUGGCAGAAAAUACUGAAAAGAAGAAGCAUUUGUUGGGGGAAAGAUUUAGCUCAUGCAAGAUGAAAUCGCAGCGUUCUUCUUUACUCGUGUGUCUUAAUCUCCAUGACUGGUUUACAGAGCUGUUACUUAUUUUACUGUUUUCUAAGUAGUUCAGUUCAUCACUGCCAGACCCACUGGGAGCUAGUAUUACCUACCAAAACCCACUAACACAUUUCAGUAAAGCUGACUUCCUCAGACAGAAGGAGAUGCAUUUCACAGGAUUCUUAGUUAGAUCUAGUUCCUCAGUGUCAAGCCCAUGUUUACCCUCCCUCUUGUGUGACAGUUUGUGGAUGCUCAUGGGUGAGAGGGAUGGAUUUUAGUCAAAUGUUUAUGUGUGAGAGGAGAACAUAGUGUGCUUUUUGUCUGCAUUAGUUGUGUGUUUUAAGGGAGCCAGUUGUGUUUGAGCUUUUGUGGAUGGGAAAACUGUGAAGCUGAAAUGUUUGUUUUAGGUGAAAAUCAGGUUUUGGAGUUAGCUUAAUGUACAUCGAUCUAAUUGACUGCUUGUUUUUAUGUCAGCAGAAUGUUUUCAUAUUUUGAUUUAUUGUAGUCCAUAAAGAUUCAACAUAACUGUCUGUCAUCUUAUGUCCUCAGACUCAGGAGGAAAUCUAUUACAUAGUUUUACUCUAAAGUUGAUUUGUUUCUUAUUGAGUUCAUAAUUCCCCAAUCUGAUUUACUUUUUUUGUCCUUGAGGUCAGUGAGUGAUUUGCAGAUACCAAGACUCACUGUGAUAUUAUAUUAAAAUUAGUCCUAAAACUCUGUAAAUAAAACUCUGCAGCUUUAAAUUCCAGUAAAACAGAACCCAAAAUUUAUUCAGGAUUACACUUACGAGCACACCAGUCCAGGAUGUGCUGCUUCAAACGUCAUACAAUUUAACAACUAGUAUUGCUGCUGCUUCAUGCACAGCUCUUUCUUUGGCAUGAAAAACUGUUUAGUAAUGUUUGAGAACAUAGUGCAGAGCAUGCCACAAUGGCACAGACAGAAAACUGCAGCAGUUUCUGCUUGGGAACAGAUCAAGUCCUUCCUUAUCACGUUUUAACUUCAUUAAACAAAUGGGACCAAAACUCAAAAAACAGGCAGCAGAGCAUAUAGGGAAGGUGUGAGUUAAUUUUAAGGGCUCCUGUUCAGUCAUUCCUCACCGUAUAAAUUUUUUACUGAAAAAUUUUUGCUCGCUGCACCGCUCUCCAACUUCAUACUAAAACAUUCUGAAUACAAAGUGGAUUGUACUUAUUACUGAUUCUUGGUGUCAUUUGUCUGAAGUUUUACAUCAUCGUGUGUGCUGACAAUCAGUGAGUGUGAGAUUCUGACCUUAACACAUCCUCUAAAUUGUGUACAUGUGUUUACUAGUAGCGUACUGUUAUUUUAUAGUUGUGGGCGGCACAAAAUUAAAUCUGCAAAAGGACGAGGAGAGGAAUUUCUAAAAGAAUAUGUUGUUGAGAUGGUUCUUAUUACGAAUAAAGAUAAUUACUUUCACAUAAUUGUUUACUACUACACAUAUUUUUUGAAGUAAGAAAAAAAUAUAAUUCAUAAAUUUGUUUUUAAAUUCCUCUAUUUUUUCUAUUUAUAGUUGUAUUAAUAUAUUAUUGAUAUAAAAGUACUUAACAUUUUUUUUCCAUUAGCGAAGUGGACUUGCCCAAAACCAAAAUAAUCUUUGAAACACAACAUAAGAAUACGUUUUAAAAGAUUAGGGCUUAAAGUAAAGGAAAUAAUUGCACAAUAUAAACUUAGAAACACUACAGACUUAUUUUUAUGUCAUUCCAAAGUCAGACCGCUAUUGACUUCUGUUAGCAUAGUUUAGCAUAGUAAAUGUGGUGCAAACGUAUUAGCACUGGAAGUGCAAGGCUGCCAGAUGUUCAGUAACUUUAUACAACUACAUUUAUUCUUUCACAUAUGAACAAAAACUGUUGCUUCAUGUAGUUCAUGUGCAACUAGCGUUAGCCGUGUAGCAUAGCUAGCUAAUACAGCAAGUUGUGAAAGCAGCAGAUAAAAAUGACAUGAGUUAUUUCUUCAAAAGUCAUCGAGUUUGUUCAUGAUCCAUUUAUUGAUUUCUAUUGAUCUUUUAUACCUCCCAUAAAAACUGCUUUUUCUACAUACCUGUUAAAAUAUUUUUGCUGCAACUACAAUGCUAAAUGAAACUAGCUGUUUAUUGAAUCAAAUAUUGGAGCUUAUUUCAAUAGAUACCACCUGAAUGAAAAACAAAAUCACUAAACAUGAUGGUUCACACGGUUAGUUAAUUAGAUUUUUUCAUCAGGAUAGAUUUGAAUGUCUUCGAAAAGGCCUUAAAUGAAGCCAAACUCAGAGACAUGACCUGACUGAUUAAACACAAGGCAAAAGCGUGACUAAAAUCCACAAAAAUAACUUUUUUACCCGUCAGAUUUCUGUAUCCAGCCGAUCUUGACGCAUGUUUGUAUCGUAUUGUCUAAUCUCUUGGAUGUCCUGUAUGCCAGCUGUUUUUGUCCAAAGCAAGAGAAGCAGUGUUUUUGUUGUAUGAUGACAUAGAUCUGUUGCUUGCAAUGAUUGUUCUUUAUCAAAGUGGGGUCAACGUUGGUCGAACUUGAUUAUGUGACAUGACAGUUAGUCGAUGGUAACUGUGCUCCUUGUACAGCUUGGACCCAAGUUACCUUAAUACACUCAUAUAGUUUAUCAAUAAAUAUCUGAGGAUGAUGCUGCUUGAAACAUCAAUCUUGUCAGAGAUACAAGAAAGGGAAGGCCGGGAAGAGGCAAUCGUAAUGGGAGCCAAAACCUACUUGUUUGAGUUUAUGAAAGAGGACAGGUAAGCAAUAAGAAGGGCCAUGACUUAUUAAAACGUUUCCUGUUAAAGUUUAAGCUCCUGUCCAAAAUGUAACCAACUGUUGCUAUCUGUAAAAUCUAUACAUGUACAAAUGAAGAACCUAUUUCUGGUUUGAGUUUUAUGGCAGCAUAAAGACACCAGAAUUACUUCCCUUGAUUAUGGUGGUCUGUUAAAGGUGUUUUCAUGGCAUGAUAUUUGUCUGAUCAACUCUUAUGAACAUUCAAAUGGGUUCAGAAUGACUUGUUUACAAAAAAAAAGGAUCUACCCAUAACACUCAUUUGCAGAGAACAGUGAGAAUCCUUCAUUUUAUGUGGGAUAAAAGGAGUAUACAUUUGUGUUUUAUUCAGUUUGACUCUGAUCUGUUUAUUAACUAAUAAAGGGUCUUCUCUAAAUGUAAGUUCACUUCAAAAUUCAGUGUAUCGUGUGUGGAAACUGUAAAUGUUUCUAUGUAAAAGUAUGGACUUUGUGGAAAAAAAAAGAUCAAGGAAACAAUUCUAAAAAGUUAAAUAUGAAAAAAAAAUCUAUUAUGUGUUGUCUGUGUUUUGUAAAUGAAGACUGAAAAUCUUGGUAAAUAUAGUAUUUAUUAUCAUGGAUAUUGAGAUUAUUUUGGUGAUGCUGAAAAGGUGCUGUAUGUAUUUUCUGUGAGAUUUGUUCAUUAUGCUGGGUUUUGCACAUUUGUGCCAGUUAUCCAGUUCUACGAGAAAAAUUAUAAUGAAAAUAAAAAUAAU